UCUCAUUACUUACAUCACAAAUGAUCAUAAGAAUUCACCUAUAAAGAGGCUUAGAUACUGAUCCUACGAAUUCAGCAACACGAGAAAAAGGGGUCGAAAUGGGUUCAGAAGCCAGCCUGAAACUUCCGGUGAUCGAUUUCUCCGGCCCGGAGCUCAGGCCGGGCUCUGGAGAAUGGGACUCGGUGAAGGCUCGAGUCAUGGAAGCCCUCCAAGAAUACGGCUGCUUCGAGGCAUCGUUCUCCCGAGUGCCCUCCGAUAGCCGGAAGGCCCUGAUCGAUGCAUUGGAAGAGCUCUUCAAUCUCCCCCUGGAAGCCAAGCUCCGAAACACUUCCAAGAAGCCUUUCCAUGGCUACGUCGGCCAGUAUCCGAUGGUGCCGCUUUACGAGAGCAUGGGCAUCGACGACGCAACCGACCUUGAAAAGGCUCAGGGAUUCACUCGCCUCUUGUGGCCUCAAGGAAACCUUAGUUUCUGCGAAGCCGUUCAUUCUUACUCGGAGGAACUGUCGGAGCUUGAUAGGACGGUCAGGCGGAUGGUUUUGGAGGGCUUAGGGGUGGAGAAAUACGUGGACGAGCACAUGGAAUCGACGAACUAUCUUCUCCGAUUGAUGAAGUACAAGGGCCCCCAAACAAGCGAGACGAGGCUGGGGCUGAAUUCCCACACUGAUAAGAACAUAGUUACCAUCCUGUAUCAGAAUCAUGUUGAGGGAUUGCAGGUGCAGACGAAGGACGGCCAGUGGAUCGAUGUAAAACCGUCGCCGGAUUCUUUCGUAGUCAUGAUCGGAGAUUCUUUCUACGCAUGGACAAACGGGCGAUUGCAUUCUCCAUACCACAGGGUGAUGAUGAGGGGAAACGAGGAGAGAUACUCCGCCGGAUUGUUUUCAAUCCCAAAAGCAGGCUACCUGAUAAAGGCGCCGGAGGAGCUGGUAGACGAAGAGCAUCCUUUGCUAUUCAAGCCCUUCGACCACGUGCAAUUCCUGGGAUUCUACUACACGGACGCCGGCCAGAGAGCACAGUCUGCCCUCAAGGCUUAUUGUGGCGUCUGACGUGGAAAUGGCCGCCGAUGAAGUUCGCCGGCCGGCCGUUUUUCUAUGUUUUUUUGUAUAUGUGAUCGUUGCAUGUCUGUAUUUGCUUCUUGAUUAAUGUUAGGAAGUGUUGGGAUAUAUGCUUUGUGUCUCUUACAUCUGUUAGAGGUGACUCCCAACUGUGAAUCGAAUUCAAAUAGGAAUAAAAGUGCUGGGUCUUGUACGGGAUUUGAGUGAUCUA